CUUGACAAAUUCCCACUGAAUGUUAACAUUCUAUGUGCCUCUCUGAGGGUCUACAAAGUGGAACCAAACAGUGGAAUAUUGGGGAUUUUCAAGGAUAGAGAUGAUCCAUGAGAAGAUUUCUCAUGGGGACCUGAAUUCAAAAGCUGGAAUAUAAUAUUCAAUAUUGAAUACAAAAAAAUCUACACAAGGAAAUUUAUUUAGGAAAUGCCCAUUUUACUAUUGCCGAUGCAACUUUAAUUAUGUCCCCUUGUGAGUCUAACCUUUGCACUGAGUGAGGUAGGGAUUCUCUGUGUGGUAGGGUGGGGGAGGAAUGAAUUGUACAAUAAAGUGUAUCAUAAUAUAAUUGCAUAAGGAAGCACAAGUAAGGUGCAUAGGGAACCAUAAAUUUGGCCUUUCGUAACCUGUGAGUGCUUGACUCUGCAACCUUUCUUUGAAUGCAAGCUUUUUUAUCUAAUUUCAUUGGUGUUUUUCAUUAAAGGAAAAAGAUGACAACCAAUUGGACACACAAAUUCGAACUCCCAUGCCACUCCCUUCCCCACCACCAAAAAACCCCCAACCAGAUAAACCCAUUAUGCAUUAUUAGUAGGGUUUGAACCCUGAACCGUCAGCACUCUAGCACAGAAAUCUACUACCUAAGAUACAGGAUGAACUUGAGACAGGACAAGACUACUGUCUUAAAAGGAAGAUAAACUGCAGGCGUACUUGUUUUGACUUUCUCCCUAUCUGACUUCCCAUCCCAGAAGGUAGGGUCCUUCCUCAUGUGGUGCCCUCAGGUAGGGAUGGGCUGCUGGGCCACAUCCAGCAUUCAGAAUGGUUACUUAAGAGGAGUCCAGCCCUGUAUGCCUAUGCUAGGAGUUGGUUAAACUGUACCAGGAGAUGCUUGCGAAGGGAAGGAUCAGAUGUUUUGCCUCGUACUUGGUCUGGAGAGUGCAGGGAAAGGCAGCCUGGCCCUGUUGCAUCAGCUGCUUCAAGUAAGGCACAUAUGCUGCUGUUUUGGUAAUAAUGUGAGACAGGGUUGUCCCUAGUGGGGUGCAGGACCUAGGGCAAUCCCUUCCGGUACCAAAGGUGCAGGAUCUGGGACAACCUUCUCUGUCCCCUGCUUUACCAAACAGCACCUCCUCUCCUGAGCCCCGGGAUCACCACCGCAAGUGGAAUGCAUUGGGGUGGGUGAUGGGUGGCAGAGUGGAACAGGCUGCUGGCUCACUCCAACUCCCACUGUAGUGACUGCAGGAUGCUGACCCCUGCUGCCACCCCGUGCCAGGCCUCCUGGGCCCUGUGGACUUUUAUAACAGUCAGAAGUGUAAUUUGCCCUUCAGCUAUGCUCACUUCUUUACUGUUGGUUGGAAGUGAGCAACAUCCACCCUGAUUUAAUUAGCACUGAUGUUACACACCCAUCUCUAUGUAUCUACCUUUUUUUUCACUUUGUUCAUCUCAGGAAGUGAGUUGUAUUUCAUGAAAGCUUACGCUCUAAUAAAUUUGUUAAUUUUUAAGGUGCCACCAGAUUCCUUGUUGUAUUCGCUGAAACAGACUAACAUGAAACCUUUAUUUUUAGUAGCAGAGGACAAAAGAAGUGGGAGGUGGAUUCUAGGGGGGAAAUGGGCAACAAUUAUCAAAAGCAAAAUAUAUUUCUAGUGAUUUAACCUGGAUUACAACAAAGUAUCAGAUUCUGGAAUUCCAAAGCAACUUCAGAUCUGAUACUCCAGUUAUACUAAUUAUUUUCCUUAAUUUAGACUCUAGACAACAUUUCCCACUUCAGCACAAAUUGCUUCUGUUAAACACCCAAUGGAGUUUCAUUACACCCUUGAUAAUAACCUCCUAACUCCAGAGCAGAGGUCCUUUUAUGAUGAAAAUGGUUAUAUACUCAUUAAAAACCUGGUUUCUGGUGAAGACAUCGAGCGUUUCAGAAAUGAGUUUGCAAAGAUCUGUAAAAAGGAAGUACAAGUGCCUGGCUUAAUCAUAAUGAGGGAUGUGGCCAUUGCUAAGUCAGAGUUUAUUCCAGAUCAAAAAGCAGUUACUAAGAUACAGGAUUUUCAGGAAGAUGAAGAGCUCUUCAGAUAUUGUACCUUGCCACAGAUCCUAAAAUACGUUGAGUGCUUCACAGGGCCAAACAUCAUGGCCAUGCACACGAUGUUGAUAAAUAAACCUCCAGAUUCUGGCAAGAAGAGCUCUCGCCAUCCCAUGCAUCAGGAUUUGCAUUAUUUUCCAUUCCGGCCUGCAGAUCUUGUUGUGUGUGCCUGGACUGCCAUGGAGAUGAUAGACCGCAGCAAUGGCUGCCUGGUUGUUGUGCCAGGAACACACAAGGGUUCCCUGAAGCAACAUGAUUACCCAGACUGGGAGGGUGGCGUUAACAAGAUGUACCAUGGGGUGCGUGAUUACAACAAAAACCUUCCUAGGGUUCACCUUGUUAUGGAGAAGGGAGACACCGUGUUCUUCCAUCCUUUGCUGAUUCAUGGCUCUGGAAUGAACAGAACUCAAGGCUUUCGGAAGGCUAUAUCUUGUCACUAUGCUAGUGCAGAUUGCCACUAUAUUGAGGUCAAGGGAACCAGUCAAGAAAACAUUGAGAGGGAAGUUUUAGAAAUUGCACACAGAAAAUAUAGUGUGAACAUGCCUAUCACCCUGAAGGAUAUUUGGAUGAUCCGAGGGCGGCUUGUAAAAGGACAAAGAACUAAUCUUUAGAAGAGUUUUUGAUGGCAGAGAUAGAAAAAGAUGUGCCUGAGUGUUGUGUUCCCCGAUCAGAAAUCAUGUUCCUCAUAAAUUGGCAAUUGCUUUUUUGUUUAAAUUAUCCACAUAUUGCACUGAAUGUUCAUUUAUAAAUUCAUUGAUGUCCCACAAAAUAUAACAUGAGAACACUGAAGUUUAACAAUUUAGCAAAAAUACAUAUUUUAACCUGUUAACGACAGUAAAUAUUUCUAUUUUUGUAAUUUUAAAAAUAAUUUAUUUUAAAAUCAACUGUUUAUGAAGUGGAUGAGAACUCCCAGCAAAUCAGCUCUUUACUCAUCACUGUACUACUUAAGCACCAGUUUAAAUUCAAAUAUCUCUCUCCUGAUGUAUUUUGCGGCUGCUAUUAAUAUAAUUUUUAUGCGAACUCACGGCUCUACUGAGUCAACCCUGGGUGGAAAAGACCAGUUGCAUCAUCUAGCUCUUCCCCUUGUUGAAGCAUAACACUACAUUUUGUAGUCAUUUGCCUAGUUUAUUAAAUGUCUAAAGCAAUUGGGCUAUUACUAGUUCCAUUGGGAGACUAUUGUGGAAUCAAACAGAACUCAAUGUCAAGAAAUCUUUCCUGAUAUUUAGCCUACUUUUCCCAUCUUUAAUUUUCUACUAUUCCUCCGUAUUAUCAUACUAAAUAAUUCUUUUUUCCUUGUUACUUAUGCUUUAAAUCAGAGAUGGAAACCUUUUUUGGGUUGGAGGCCACUGAAAAGUAAGAAGCAAAAAAAAAAAACCAUUCCCCUCGCACGUCAGAGUCUAGGGGGGCCAGACUAGUAGAUUUUGUGCCCCUUCCAAGGUUUGGGGUAGGACAGAAAUGAGGGGUUCAGUGUGUGGGAGGGGGCUCCAAGUGUGGGGUCUGCAUGCAGGAGUGGUUUGGGGGUCGGUUCUGGGAGGGCAGUAGGGUGCUGGAGUGGGCUGGGGGUAGGAGAGCUGUGCAGGAGGUAGGUUCAGGAGCAGACUGGGGGUG